UAUUCUGUAGAGUGUUAGUUCUAUCUGCACCCAUUUAAGUUCUAUCAUAGGUCAUGUUAGUUCUAUCAUAAUUCAUGUCGUACCACGUACUAAUUUACACCAUGUUAGUUCUAGAUGCAGCCAUAUUUUAUUCUCUUUAGUCUAGUCUAGUAUUAAAUGUUAAUGGUAAAUAUAUUAUUUGGUACAGCUUUGGUACUACGAGAUGACAGGCAUAAAGAAAUAUGCCCUCUUAGACACCUCCAGACCUCCAAUGACAAAUUGGGCAUCAGGGGAGGAGAGAAUCGCAUCUAUGAGGAUGCCGACAAUUAUUUCAAAGGCUAAGUCAGCGUCAAUAACAUUUGUCCAUAGGCCUAUUGCGGAGGUCGCUUCUCCUGGUCAUGUUCAUUCACUUCCCGCUGAACAGAGGGAUGAAGUUCUUCAGCAAAAGCGUCAGGCAAAGAGGAAGGCUUUGCAGGAAGAAACUACUAAGAACUUCUCAAUAGGUUACAUCAUGGCAAAGCAUAUUGACGUUGCUUUUGACGAUGAAGAGGAGAUCAAUGUUCUUCCCAUUGAGCAGCAACUCACAUUUUGGAGAAAUUCUGCUAAAUUUCUCAAACGACUUCUUGUUGCUACAAAGCAGACCAAGAGCAAAUAUUGUAAAGAAUUCAUGAUUGAGAUCAACAGGCUUAACAGGAUAAUUGAAAAAUGUGGAAGACAUGAUGAGGUUAUAGACCCGGUGCUGCUUAAGUCAAAUAUCAAACAUAAAAUUGCAAAUGAAAUUAGGAAGAAGCGACGGCCAUCUCAAGAGGAACAGAAGUCCAAAUCAAGCAGUGUAUAUAAGGAAGAGCCCACCAUGCAAGAACAUGUACAUAAGAUUGUUGAAGAGGAUGUGAUGCAGCCUGCUAACGAUGAGGCAAUAGAAGAGGAGCCUGUUACUUCUUCAGGGGAGGGGGUAUAUAAUAACAAAGGUUUUGAUGAGGAUCCUGUUUAUGGUGUAGAUAAGGAGGAAGAUAUUAUAGAUAAAGAGAAGGAGAAUGUAGAUAAGUUGGAAGAACAAGAGGAAAAAAUUAAACAUGAUGUGGACAAACUUGUAGAAGUUCUAGCGACCAAUGUGGAAGCAAAGAGUAGACCACAGCCAAGAAGGGUAAGCAGGAGAUCUAAAUGGAAGAGGACACCAUAUACUGAAGGCAAAAGAAAGAAAAAGGAAAAAAAUAGUAUAGAUAUACUUGAAAGUCCUGAAUCAAAAGUAAAACUAGCUGAAAAAGUUACUCAUUUUUACCCCGGUAAUCAAAUCCCCACUUUUGAUGCGUUGAGUUUGAAGCCAAUGAUAGAUGAAGAGGAAGAUCUAUUGGGAGAGCUGAAUAAUGAGCUUCCAGACCCAACAUUGUUUAACUUACGCAUAAUAGAUAGCACAGGUGCUUUUGUACAUAAUUUAAAGAUAACAUCUCCCGUAGCAGAAAGACUCGACAAAGCUCAAAUUGAGAGCCUAACCAAAUUUUAUUCUCAGAAGAUUCACAGUAUUAACAGGGAAGAGUUGUUAUAUGUGCUUCGUGGUGGCCGCCUUGACGACAAGGUGGAAGAAGCAGUUUUGGACACGAUUAGCCAGGAGGCAUACGGCAAAGGAUAUGGAGUGGUAUCGGUGUUCUUUCUUCACUCACUCUAUGGCUUGGAGGUGAACAAUUACGAGCAUUAUCUGAACUUCAUUGACAAAUAUACCGCAUACCGCAUAGAGCAUCUCUUGAUCCCUUUGGUCAGGGACGACCAUUGGCAUCUUGUAGAAGUUGACCUUAAAGAUAAAGUCGUCAAGCAUUACAGCUCCGCUGGGCACGAAGCUUGGAUGGAGCCUGUUAAUAAAAUCAUAAAAUUCUUUGAUGCCCAUCAUGCUGAUUUUAUUGAAGACAAUGUGCGCCAAAUAUUUAGAUAUCAAGCCAUCAAAUGCGAGCAACAAAGAGGACGCUUUGACUGUGGUGUGUUCGUCUACCUCUUUGUAAAAUCCAUAAUUGAAGGACGAUCAACAUUGCUGGUUAAUCCUCCGAACGAUAUCCCUGAAGCUAUGCGAGCAAGACUUGCCACACAAUUAUUACUGGCUGGUUUUGAACAAAGACAUAAAGAAGAAACAUUGUACAGUGAUGAAUGA